AUGAGGGAGUACGUGGUGAUACACCCGCUGACCGCUGCCACUGCCACGAGCGAAGUGCUCAACCCGCGUGAUGCGUUCUACGGCGGUCGAACGGGGAACACUUCCCGAUACUACGAGGUGAAAACGGAUGCAGCGGGCAUCGCGUGCGAGGAAAUACGAUACGUCGAUGUUUGUUCGUUGUAUCUGUUCAUCUGCAAGAAUGGAUGGUUCCCGGUUGGCCACCCGACGAUCUACGUUGGAGAGGAGUGUAAGCUCCUGACAGGGGCGAGGGGUUGCGACAUCACGCGAGUCGAGGGGUUGAUCAAAUGUCGAGUUUUACCGCCACGCAAUCUUUAUCACCCUGCUUUGCCGAGUUUGCGUCAGGGCGAGUGUAGACAUGAUGACGAGGCCGCGCAAGAAUUCGAGGGCACGUGGGUGUCCGUUGAAUUGAAAAAAGCUGUGGAGAUGGGCUAUAAGAUCAAGAGCAUUCGCGAAAUCUGGCAGUAUAUGGUAACAUCUUUUGAUCCGACUACUCGUCAAGGGGGGCAUUUCGCUGACUACAUCGACACCUUCCUCAAAAUUAAGCAAGAGGCAAGCGGCUGGCCUGCUGAAUGCGAGGACGAGUCGGCUCAAAUGCGGUAUCUCGACGAGUACGAACGUGUCGAAGAACCUGGUAAAAACGGAGGUUAUCAAGACGCGACAGCAGCUGCUCGAGUUUUGACCAACCCUGAAGUCGAGGUGUCCGGUUUGCUGCCUGUAAACGACGAUGCUCGGCUGAAGCUCUACUCGUACCUCGAGAAGCUCGAUCGACGCGUUCUCUACUACGAUACCGAUUCAGUGAUUUAUACCCGGAACCACCACCGACCAAACGCGUAUGAACCUCCUACGGGUAACUUCCUUGGCGAUCUAACGGACGAGCUGGAGCCUUAUGGCCGUGUGAGCUUUAUACGGGCUUUUGUCUCUGGGGGGCCAAAGUUCUACGCUUUCAUCGUCAAACGUCCGAAUGGUGAAGAGGUUGAAAUUUGCAAGGUGAAAGAUAUAACGCUGAACCACACGGCGAGCUCGAAAAUUAACUUCGAGGCCAUCAAAGGGAUGGUGGUAGAAGCCGCUGCACCCAUCAAUUUGGAGUAUCGUGCUAUUCGCCGUACGGAACUGCACGCAGUGGUGACUCGCUCCGAGUGCAAAACGUGCAAGCCAGUAUUCGCGAAAAGGCGUUGCUGCGUCGACAGUUUCGACACGCUGCCCUACGGUUACCGCGCUGGGUGA